GUCGGCCGCAGGCAGCGCGGGCGGGGAGGCCGGUGACCUGAGCGGAGCCAGCCGCAGCCGUAGCCCCCUCUGCCCGUGGCCGAUCGGCGCCUUUCCCGGAGGAGAGGUGAGGCGAGGCGAGGGCACGAUGGGGUUCGUUUUCUCGAAGUCCGUGAAUGACAGCCUGAAAGCUCAGCAGGAGUUUAUGGUCAUGAACUCACGGCUUCAGCUGGAAAGGCAACUACUGAUGCAGAACCAGAUGAGAGAGAGACAAACAGCCAUGCAGAUUGCUUGGACACGGGAAUUUCUCAAAUAUUUUGGGACAUUUUUUGGACUUGCUGCUGUAGGUUUAACAGCUGGAGCAAUAAAAAAGAAGAACCCAGGAGUUUUACUGCCAAUAGUUCCCCUGAGCUUUAUAUUUGCCUAUCAAUAUGAUAUGGGCUAUGGAACGCUGUUGCAAAGGAUAAAAGGUGAAGCAGAGAACAUAUUGGACACACAGAGCACUUUGCUACAAUUGCCGAAAGGACCGCUCACUUAUGAAGACCUGGAGAAGAUCAGAAGAUCACAGAGCAAGUUCUUCAUAGAAAAAUAGGAAGACUGUAUUAAAGCCUAAUAUCUGAAAUGUGAUUCUAAUACUGGGUUUGGACAUAAAUGAAUCAUUAAAAUUUUGAGAAAAUGAUGAGCUUUUAUAAAAUCAAAAUAUAAUUCAUUUUCUUAAAUCAGUACUUUCUAAAGCAAUAAUUUUCAUAUUGUAUGUAUCUCUUGAAAAUAUCCAUUGUUGCUGUAGUGUAUUUUUCUUGUUUAGAACGAAAUACUGAAUUUCCACUGUCUAUUUAGAGUCUGAAAAUAACUUUCACCUGUAAUAAAAAUGUCUGGUACUGACCAAACUCACUAUAACAAAAAAAAAAAAGUUAAUUGGUAGUUACAAAUUUGUAUAAAUAUGGUCAUAAUUUUCAAAUAUAUUUAAGGAUGCACAGCUGAAUUUGAAGUCAGGAAUAGACAGUCAACUUCUCUGAAGAAUAUAACACUUUUUAUUUGCCCUUCUUUAGGCAGUAAACUCACCAUCUCUGCUUCAAAUUCUGGAAUAAACAGCUUUCAUCAGAAGUAGAUUCAGAAGUAAACAUGUCACUUGCUAACUGUGUGUUUUACUCUUAGGAAAAACUGCAUUAAAGUAUGAGCAGAGAUAAUUUCUCAAAAAGAGAAAACAAAUUAUGUAGCUAUUUCCUGAACCUUUUUCAUGCUUGUUUAACAUUCUGAGACUCAGGAUAAUUUGUUUACAUAAAAUCAGAGUUUCACUACUAAGAUGAAUAUUAACUUUGGCUAGCAGCAAGCAAAAUUAUUAAUGUAUGUUUUUGUAAUGGGUAGAUCCAAGGGGCCUUACAAGUACUGAAAAACGGAGGGAUUUUUUGCAUGCCUUUACUCUAGCAUGGUCUAUACUGAGGAUAUAAUUUUAGUGUAUGUAUUAGUGUUCUGAUGUUACACUUGGCAAAAAAAAAAAAAAAAGCAUCUUUCUGUAUUGGAAAUUUUGUUUAAAAACAGAUUAUUUUGUGUUUUGGAUGGAAACUCUUAUAACAUUAGUCUAAUUGUGGAAUGAAAACCAAAUGCUCAAAAAGCAUCCAAUACUGAAUUAAGCCUAAGUCUGUAUUUACAAUUUGUUGAGUUAAAAAUUAAAUUCCAGCUGGAGAUUAUGCCCCAAAUCUGGUUUUGAAGAUUACUUGACUAAAAUUAGAAUAUUGUUACACAAAGACAGGUGAAUAUAUAAUAAAACAAAAGCUCCUCAAUGUAGAAGACAUUAAUAGCACAGUUUCCAUAGCUGUGUAAGAUUGAUUUCUGAAAGUGCAUUCACUUCUGCAUUCAAUCACUUCUGUAAUUGGUUCUGUCACCUGCAUGUUAACAAUGCAUACAAUCUGUAACAGAUUUCAAAUGUGGUACAUUUUAAUGUGCAGAGUGAUAAAAUGGGUUAUAAUAGCAUGUUUGGUUAUAAUAGUUUGGUCUACACUUUGGCUGUAUAGGAUUUACAGCAGUGAUUUUAAUUGUCUUGGAAGGUGUUCCUCAGCUCAGCCUAUGGUGCUACCCAUGUCCUCUGAGCUCACAAAAUGCAGCGCAAGACCACCUCACUUUUUCUGCCUGUCCUAUUAGAUAAUCCCUCACCACUUGCUGCUAUAUUAUGUACUACUCUUAGGACGUAUGCAUCCCUGUUUAUUUGUUUUGCUUUGAGUAACAGAUCAUCUACUACCUUUCCUCCAAGUUCUGAAGUCCACCUUGCUUUAAUUUUGAAGAAGUUGUAACAGCCUUUUGUGUUUUGAUCUGUCAUCUAAUGAUACUCUUUCUUCCAAGAAAGAAAAACAAUCCAGCUUGUUUUGGUAUUUGUAUGUCUCCACUUGUGCCUUUUAACCUACCUUUUAAUCCUAUGAAAGACAUUUUUGCAAGAGAGCAGUUUUAGUAGUCCAUACAGCAGUUUUACUUACAAAUCCUAGAAAAUUAGGAAAUACCCUAAUCCUUUCCACUGUGAAUUAGGAAUUAAUAUCUGUGCGUUUGGAAUAGAUUGCUGUCUGUAGUGUUGGCUUAAAAGGUGGUGUUAAACAAAGCAAGCAGGCUAAGCAAAAUAACAACCCAGAUGAUAGCAGUGUUAGGAGAUAACAGGAUAGCUAUUUAUUACUCCAUCCUAGCUAAAUUUGAAAUUUUUUUCUCCCAAAAGUUAAACUUAGAUCAAUAGUGUUAAUCCAUUACAAGACUCCACACUAAAAAGUGAUGGAAAUGGAGCAAGUUCAAUUCGGUGUUACACAGUGAGUAUCAAUCAGUGAAAGUUACCAAAUCUAUAAGGGAAAAGCAACAGGCUCUAAGCAGGACAGUCUAAUGCCAAACCCAGAAAUUGAUUUAAACAGGCUGCAUAGAAUGUGCCAAUGAUUUGAAGAACUUAAGGGCUAGUCACCUUUACCGUCUUGAUUUUUUACUGUUAGCUUUGCUUUUUUCUUGAUAGAGGCUUUUGUUUUGAAGAUGCUCAUUCUUUGUUACAGAGUAUUAAUCAAAAUGCUUGCAUGUGUCAAGCCCAGUCAUAUCUGUCACAUAGAUAUCUGGCUACAGAGUGGUUGAACUGUAUGAUUUCCUUUAGAAAACAAUGAAAGAAAGCAGGAAAGCUUACCUUUGACGGGUUCUACUUCAGGGAAUAGGUGUUUACAGCACAAGUUGCCUGUAAUCAUCAUACCAGUUGUACUCAUAGAAAUAAAUAAAUAAAACACCUAAAACAUCCUGCUCCCUUCUGUCAUUGGUGCUCAACUGGCUUCAGCUGUAAAACUUACUUUAAUAUGUCACAGAAACUGUCUUUGUUUUCAUGAAUCACUGGGGAAGAGAAGGAGAAUAACAGCAGGGGGAGCUUGUUCUGACCUGAGGGCACUACUCUUACUACCUUAAUCCUGUUGGUUUUUCUGGUCAUAAUGUCUGACAGCCAUGUCUCCUGAAUCAGUGUCACUUGGAGCAGGAAAGUGCUUUUUCUUCCAGGAAAGUGAGAAGUCAGUCAUGAUUAGGAUGUCAAAAUUAAACUCUCUGUGUUCUCAUUAUGGAUAUGUCUCAUUUAGAAUCCAAGAAAGUGCACGCUACUUCUGAGCCACAACUGCCUGCCUGACGCUUACCUUGUUAAUCUGGUUUUGAUAGGAUACAUGAGUAUUGUUGAGAAACAAGCAAAGUCACUUAUGGGGAGUCCAGUUUGGGCCCCUUCCUCCAUUCUUUGGAUGAAUGAUUUAACUUUCCUGAACCCUUCCUUAUGAUAGGGAAAGUUGAUUCUUGCAGCCCCUUCCUAAAUGUUUUGAAGUUGUUUUAUGACUAUGACUGCAUAUUACUGCUUUUAAAAGUAGAAGGGGAAAGCACUUAUGUGGACAUAUGCAAAUGAGAUCAUUUCUGCAUUAUUAUUUAAUUGGUUAAUCGGUCUUGGAAUUCAUUAUAUAAAAAUGCUUGGAUUUCUUCAUUUUUUUAACUAUUAGCUUUCUUAAAGGUGAACUGCAUUCUAAAACCCACAAUCAGCUGAUGAAGAUAGCUGGAUAACGCUGAUACUUAGUCACCAAUCACAUGCAUGCAGUGGUAUUUCACAUUUCCUGCACCAUCCUGUCUGGUACUGAGCAAACUUAAGAAAUAUUUUAAAUUCAUGUUUGGGCAGCUUUCAAAAACUAAGUAGUUCUUGCAGCAGUGAAUUGCAUGAAUUUGAAGUGAAGUCUCUGAAAAAAGGCUAAUGAAGUCUGCAUUUCUUUCCUACCUCUGAACUUCUGUGUAGAUUGUCUGACACUUAACAUGUGAAUAAGCCUUUCAUUCAAGGUAUUCAAGGUUAUCAAGGUAUUGUUGAAAGGCAUCUUCUUUAUUUAGCCACCUGUUUUCAUGAAACAUCCUCUACCUUCUAUACACUUUGAUUGCUGUUGGCCAACAGAUUCAAAAUUUAGUGCAAGGGAGAGAAGUGGUACAAUCAUCUUUACCUUAUUUUAGGAAACUAAAAAAUACAAAAUACUUGCAUUGAGACAGUACGCUGCGUGUACCUAUCUUGAUCCUACAGAUCACAAAUGGAAUUUCAUUUCUUUGUUCUGCUGUUGUCUGUUCUUUGUAAUACAAACAGUAAGAAGGUGGAUAGUUACUUCAGAAUUGUUGUAUUUAAAUUAUUUAUUUUCUUCUGCAUGUAUUGUUUUGAAUAGAAGUAGUUGUUCUAGCUAUGAUGAACAGAUAAACAAACCUAGCCUCUGACUUGAUUUAAAUUGAUGGCAAAUUACUGAGAGAUUGCCAGUUAGGCUCUUCUGUGUAAAGUCCUGUAUGGUUUAAAGUUAUAUGACUAACAUAGUAAGUUUCUUUACAACCUGCUACUCAAAUCACAGUAUAGUUGAAAGCCCUAGAUGCAAAGGCAACGUUCCUAAAAUACAGCUGGAGGAAAAAUACUGAGCAAUACACCCUACUAGUGAAACUGCAUUAAGCAUAGUAACAUUAAGCAAUGUCAAACUACCGCCAGCUUAUUCAGAUACGAUCCUUAAUAAAACUCAUUAAGUCGC